CAGACAGCAACAUCUCACAUGUGGCCUUGAAGGCGCCGCCGUUGCUUUCCUGUUGCUAGCAUUAACUGGUUUAUGUGCAUUUCCAACCGAAAUACCCGACUCAAAACAGCCACACGAGUUCAUAGAAUAGCGUUUCCUAAACCAACAUGCCACCGAAGAAGCCUGCUCCGGCUACGGGAAAUAAAAAAACUCAAGAGAAGAAAAAGGAAAAGAUCAUUGAGGACAAGACUUUUGGCUUGAAGAACAAGAAAGGUGCCAAGCAGCAGAAGUACAUUAAGAAUGUCACACAGCAGGUCAAAUAUGGACAGCAGAGCGCCAGACAGAUUGCCCAGGCAGAGGCAGAUAAGACCGGUAAGAAGACUGAUAAGAAGAAAGAGCUCGACGAACUCAAUGAGCUGUUCAAGCCUGUAGUUACUGCCCAGAAAGUCAGUAAAGGUGUCGAUCCAAAGUCAGUGCUGUGUGCGUUCUUUAAGCAGGGCCAAUGUACUAAAGGUGACAAGUGUAAGUUCAGCCAUGACUUGUCCAUGGAGAGGAAGUGUGAGAAGAGAAGCGUCUAUGUGGACGAAAGAGAUGAAGACCUGGAGAAAGACACUAUGGAGAACUGGGAUGAGAAGAAGUUGGAGGAGGUGGUCAACAAAAAACACGGAGAAGCAGAGAAGAAGAAAGCCAAAACACAAAUAGUGUGUAAGUACUUCUUGGAAGCCAUAGAAAAUAACAAGUACGGCUGGUUCUGGGUUUGUCCAGCAGGGGGCGACAACUGUAUGUACAGGCAUGCCCUACCACCUGGUUUUGUACUAAAGAAAGACAAAAAGAAGGAGGAAAAAGAAGAGGAGAUCUCAUUGGAGGAGCUGAUAGAGAGUGAGCGGGCCGCUCUGGGUGUAAACGUAACUCGGAUCACACUGGAGACCUUCCUGGCCUGGAAGAAGAGGAAAAGGCAGGAGAAGGUGGAUAAAGCCAGGGAGGAGCUGGAGAAAAAAAAGGCGGACUUUAAGGCUGGCAAGUCGCUCAUUGUGAGCGGCCGUGAGGUGUUUGAAUUCCGGCCAGAGCUGGUCGACGAUGAUGACGACGAAGCUGAUGAUACUCAGUACGUCGACGAAACGAAUGAAGAGGAUGAGGAAGAGACUGAUCUUACAGAUUUUCAGGACAUAGACUUAUCCCGUUUCGUUCCACAAGAGGUCGACCAUACGGGUAUUACAGUAGCAUCUACGGACCGAUUCAGCUCCAGGAAUGAAGCGGCAACAGGAGACAACGAGGAUCAACUAAACUCAGCCUGCGGCGGCGCCGAGGCAAAUGGGCUUUCAGGAGCGGAGGGGGGAGGGGAGGAUGGAGGGGGGGGGGACGAAGAGGAGGACGUCCCCGUGGACGAAAAUCUGUUCACAGGAGAAGAUCUGGAGGAGCUGGAUGAAGAACUGAACACGCUGGGGCUGGAGGACUGAGGAAGAGGAGGACUAAGUGACUAAAGGGAACGACAGAUGGAUGCAUGGAGCUAAACAUCAAAGAGACCAGACGUUUGAAUGAUUUUACCUUUCAGAGACUCCAGUAAUAAAGCCUGAUUAUCUCAUGACAUCACUUCCUGUCUCUGCGCCCUGUGUUUUCAGCGCCGACUGUCAAACCUGCAUCAUUCUGCAGAUCUUCACAACUGGGCGAUAAUCUGGGCCUACAUCCUUGUUUUGUGAUUCGUUCAGUAAUAUAUUUAAUAAUCCAAGGCAUAAAUCUGAAAUGAAGUGUCAUUUCCUUUUAUGCCAGAGUUCCAGAGUAAAGAGGCACUUUUUGUCUCAACAAAUCCAUAAUUUAAUUAAACUGAUUUAAAACUUCAACCUGGUGACAGACCAGUUUUCAUUUAAAUCCAGCUUUCUUCAUGAGCAUCACUCAGAGACCAGAUUCAUACACAUUCCCAGCUCCAUACUGUAAAUAAUCUGAGAUGCUUCCUUAUGAAAUAAAAGUCUACAUUCAA